CACACCUGUACAGUGUACAUGUUUUGUCCCCGACCUGCGACACAACAGGAUCCGAUACAAUGAAACUCCCCCUCUGGCCCAUCGCGGCCCUCCCCCUCUCCUCCGCCCUCCUCCCACCCCAUCAGGAACCCCUCAGCGCGGACUUGAUCUCCAGCUCCAUCUCCAACUCUAACCUCGACCUCGACCUCGACCUCGACAGCCUCACCACCUCCCUCGCCUCUGCCCUCCACCACACUAAUGCCAAUGCCAAUGCCAAUGCCCAGCCCUCCCCCCUCAACCACAUCCCAGACAAAGACAAAACCGACCACCCCGCCAAGCCAAAACUACCAAACCACCUCCUCCCACCUCCCUUCCGCCAUCCCCCUCCACCCCCAUACCACCGCCACCCGCCCUCCAACAAGACCCUCUACGACCUCAUCACAUCCGACCCGGACACCACCAUCCUAUCCCAGCUCAUCCACACAGAUACCCAGCUCAUUGACCUCCUGAACGCAACAACCACAAACCUCACCUUCUUCGCCCCGACAGACCACGCCUUCCGGUCCCUCCUCCACGGCCACGCAUCAUCCAGCCCAGAAGAAGAAGAACAACACCAACAACACCACCACCCCAAACGCAGAACCGGACGCGGACCCAGACCCGGACAACACCCCCAAUCCUCGGACCUCAUCCGCACGGUCCUGAAAUACCACAUCGUGCCGGCCGUGUACACCCCCGCGGAGAUCUUCCUCGCACGUGUCCUUCCGACUCUGGCUUCCCUUACCCAAAGUCAGAGUCAGAGUCAGAGUCAGACCCAGACCCAGACCCAGGACCUCAAUUCCAAACCCAACCCCCUCUCCCCUGACCCCCAAAGCCCCAAGCACGCCAAAUCCAACCAUGCAAUCCAUGACCACCAAAUCCAAUGUAUAACCACCCACCGCACAAAACACUCCCUCGCCCUAAACGGGGACAUUCCGUUACUUACGCCCGAAAAGCGCUCUUUAAAUGGCCUUCUCUACCAUAUUGAUCGGGUACUCUUUCCGGCGUCUCGGAGUGAGGAUUAUGCUUACUCUAUAUCAUAAAGAAGUUUAUAUAUGUGCUUGAAAUAGAUUGAGCUUGAUCGUGGGUUUAAAUCAAUGGUUGCUGGAUGUGAUGGUUUAUGGCAGAGGAGGGGUGGCGAGGGAAGGUUAGCGUGAUUGGGCGUGGCAUGAGUGGUGAGGAUGAAGGGUGUUUUUUUUGGGAUGUUGUUGAGGAAAAG